GGCCAGGCUGCUGGGUUGGCAGCAGCGCAGUCGGACUCAUCCAAGCCCCAGGAUGGCGUCCCCGCGGGAACUGACCCAGAACCCCCUGAAGAAGAUCUGGAUGCCGUACAGCAAUGGACGGCCCGCUCUGCACGCCUGCCAGCGCGGUGUUUGCAUGACCAACUGUCCAACGCUCAUUGUCAUGGUGGGGCUGCCUGCCAGGGGCAAGACCUACAUCUCCAAGAAGCUGACUCGCUACCUGAACUGGAUUGGCGUGCCCACUCGGGAGUUCAACGUGGGCCAGUAUCGCCGGGACAUGGUCAAGACCUACAAAUCUUUUGAGUUUUUCCUUCCAGACAACGAAGAGGGCCUGAAAAUCAGGAAACAGAAAGUUCAGACCCAGGACCUUUCCUCCCUAGCCCCAGGGCAGUGUGCGCUGACAGCUCUCCGAGACGUUCGGCGGUUCCUUAGUGAGGAGGGGGGACACGUGGCGGUUUUUGAUGCAACAAAUACCACCCGAGAACGGAGAGCCACCAUCUUUAAUUUUGGGGAACAGAACGGCUACAAGACCUUUUUUGUCGAGUCCAUCUGUGUGGAUCCUGAGGUCAUAGCUGCCAACAUUGUGCAGGUGAAACUGGGCAGCCCUGACUACAUCAACCGCGAUAGCGACGAGGCCGCGGAGGACUUCAUGAGGCGCAUCGAGUGCUAUGAGAACUCGUAUGAGACGCUGGACGAGGACCUGGACCGGGAUCUGUCCUACAUCAAGAUCAUGGACGUGGGGCAGAGCUACGUCGUGAACCGCGUGGCUGACCACAUCCAGAGCCGCAUCGUGUAUUACCUCAUGAACAUCCACGUGACGCCCCGCUCCAUCUACCUCUGCCGGCAUGGGGAGAGCGAGCUCAACCUCAAGGGCCGGAUCGGCGGGGACCCAGGGCUGUCCCCCCGGGGCAGGGAGUUUGCCAAGAGUCUGGCCCAGUUCAUCAGGGAUCAGAACAUCAAGGACCUAAAGGUCUGGACAAGCCAGAUGAAGAGGACAAUCCAGACGGCCGAGGCCCUGGGGGUGCCUUACGAGCAGUGGAAAGUUCUCAACGAGAUUGAUGCGGGCGUCUGUGAGGAAAUGACCUACGAGGAGAUUCAGGACCAUUAUCCACUGGAGUUUGCCCUGCGAGACCAAGACAAGUACCGGUACCGGUACCCCAAGGGGGAGUCCUAUGAGGACCUAGUCCAGCGACUCGAGCCUGUCAUCAUGGAGCUGGAGCGGCAAGAGAACGUGCUGGUCAUCUGCCACCAGGCUGUGAUGCGCUGCCUCCUGGCCUACUUCCUUGACAAGGCUGCAGAGCAGCUGCCCUACCUCAAGUGUCCGCUGCACACGGUCCUGAAGCUGACCCCCGUGGCUUACGGUUGUAAAGUGGAGUCCAUAUUCCUGAAUGUGGCAGCCGUGAACACACACCGAGACAGGCCUCAGGUAGCAGCGGGGUCACUGCUGGGGUGGUGGGCAUGUUCCUGGGGGUCCAGACAGAGCCAGCGCCACGGCCAGGCCCAGCUGGGGGCCUCCUGAAAUGUAGACAUCUCUCGGCCUCCGGAGGAAGCCCUCGUCACGGUCCCAGCUCACCAGUGACCAUAUCUUGUCCACUGUGAACCCCGGGCCGGCGUUGAUCCCUGUGGACAGCGGUCAUUCCAGGCCCACUGGUCUGUGUGACAGUCACUGCCCAGGAAACGCCCUCAGAGCCAUGAUUGGCUGGUGGCACCCAGAAGCCCCUCCCCAGCCCACCUGUUUCCUUGUUGGCAGCCACAGGGCUGUAUACGUGGUGUCUGACCUGCUGCUGAGCAUUGCUCGCCUGACCGCGUCUGCCCCCUGGCCGGUGAGAGGGCUCCCACAUCUGCUCCUCCUGUUCUCUCUCACCGGCUGGGGGGCCUUGUGAAGCACGAAACCCCAAAAAUGUGAAAUGGAAAGCACUUGCUGUGAUGUUUUCAGCCACCGAGGCUGCGGCACCUGGGUGGACCUGGGGACCCUGCCAAGGUUCUGCUGCCCUCUCUGCAGCCACUUCUGGAGCCAGAGGCAAGAUCUUCAGGGAAUCCUGAGCUGCUUCUGCCUCAGUCAGCGGGAGUAAACCCUCUCCAGCCCACUCUGCCAGGAGCUGAAGAGCCUCUACCACGGCAGGCAGCCCCCUCCACGGGCUAGACCCUGGGGUCCGUGCGUCUGCAUUGGCAGAUGCUUGGGAAAGCAAUAUGUUCACUUCUGCAUGUGGGGAUCCCCAGAAACACACAGGGAGGGGGGCAUUGGCGGUCACCCUUUCCCAAUGAUGCCUACACUGGAAUACUUUAGGAGCCGGUGGCCAAGGCCACCCCUGCCCCAACUGCCCUCAUGGUGCAACAUGUAAGCUGGUGCAACACAGAAAGACAUAAGGACAGAGCUGUUGUACGCAUCCCCCUUCCCAGUGCUCGAGGGAGAGGCUGCCCUCUUCCGCUCCCAGCUGUGCCACUGGCUACCUCGACUGCUGCUGCCGGCGUCCAUGCACGCAUAUACACUGGUGGCCACACCUGCCUUUGCUGUGAAGGAUUUGAAAAGCCUGUCCUGGCGUUCGUUGACUUCCACCUGGGGCAUGAAGCCUGGGAAAGGCAGGAGCCGGAGUCAGCCCCUGGCCUGGGAGGAUUUUCCCAGCCCCGUCAUCACUUUUGAUUCUUGUACUAAACACCCUGAUGAAAACGACCUUGGGAAGCCUGCCGUCAUGCCCCUGAGUUCUCUGGGGCCCAGAGAGGUGGGCUGGGCAGUAGAUUCCAGCUCCAUUUUAUGGCUGGGAGAACAGACUAGCCAGCACCUUGUGAGGCUGGGUGAGAACGUGUGUGGAUUUGUGGUUGGAUGUGCUGCUGUCCAUGGGUGGUGGUCCUGGGUGAAGUCAGGCCCCAGGAUCCCGUGACCCUGGCCUGGGCUGAGGGCCUCAAGUGCCGCAGCAGCUCUGGCCAAACCCGGGUGGGAGACGCCCAGGACCGGGCUGUGGCCGGAUGUUCCGUCGGAGCCCCGAGCUCCUUAGACCUGGGGCCAGUGGGCCACACUGCUGCCUCUGGGACUCGGGGACUGCAGCCUUUGCUUCUGUGGCCGCCAGAGUCUUGGUGACUUCCGGCCAUGCUUACUUGUUGCCCAUAGUGGGUCCCUUUGGUCAGUGGCAUGAGCAUCUAGAUGUCACCGCCUCUCCAGGACCUCAGGCUCACUGAGGUGAAACCAGCGAGGCCUCUUCUCUCUGUUCAGAGGGCCACCAGGGCCAAAUGUGUCACAGGACUGGGACGGGGCAGAGGGAGGUCUGGGAUCCCAGCAGGGGCUCACCCCAAGCCGGCUCUCUGCCUGGGCAGCAUCCACUGGCUGGGUGCCCACUUACAGCCGGGACGGUCCACGUGGUCCUGUUGCAGACGUUUUUCCUCCUUGUCCUGGAACGGAAGUUGUUGGAACUCAGCCACUCGUCACACUGUGUCCAACAUUUUCUGCAAUAAAUACUUUAAAAAAAA